UGAGAUGAAAAAGGAGAGACAGAUACCCAAGAAGAGGGAGAGAGGUGUAUUUGAAAGGGCGGGAGUAGGAAAUGAUUAUCUCAUUGCCGAACAGUGAGGGGAGGAGGUAGUUGAAAAAACCCUGGAGAGAGAAAAAAGAGGGGAAAAAAAGACAGUCAGUAGGAGAGGGAGUAAGAGAACCACCCAAACUUCCCAAACCACCCAAUCAAGCUGCGUUCUUGGAAUUGGAUCCCUCCCUUGUUCACCACCUGAGAAGAGAGGAGUGCAACUGUGCCUCCGAGACUCUCAGAAGAGUGAGAGAGAGAAAGAGAGAGAGGGAGAGAGUGAGAGAGAGAGAGAGAGAGAGAGAGAGAGAGAGAGAAACAGGUGAGAGCAAAAACAAGAGGAAUCCCAGACACAGAGAAGAAGACGGCAUUUGUUAAACUGUCUGCAGUUUGGCAGAAAAGACAAACACUGCUCAAACAAAUUGAGAAACAAAGAUAUUUGUUCUUGAGCGAGAGAGAGAGAGAGUGAAAAAGAGACUCAGGAGAGGAAAACCUGGACUCUCAGGAGAGUUGUGUGUGUCUGUAACAACAACAAAGCAACGAGCUCACUGUCUGUCUCGAUUGGACAUCUCUCUGUCCAAGGACUGGGUAAAGGAGAGGGAACCCGUCAUGAGAAGAAAGUCAAGAAGUGCAAAACGUGAAGAUAAGACAACAGGAAUUGUGGCACUACUUGAACAAUAAGUUAAAGGAAGAAACUGAAGAGGGAGUUUAGAGGAGCAAGAGGGUACAGCAUCUCCAGAGAAAAACAACACAGUAGCAAGUGGCUUAUGCUUUGCUGGCAAGAAAGAGAAAUCAUCUUCAAAAUUAUUGGAAAUAUUUUUGUUUAAGUGUUCACUUGUGUUGGUUCUGAUUCAAGGACUUUUGUGACCAGCUGUUUUUGCGACUACUCUUGAACCAUCAUGUAGUAGAGUUCCCUUGUUACCUGUGAGGAGGACAGGGGUUUGAAAGUAGACUGCCAGUAGCUCCUGCUUUCUGACAGUGGAGUCAUGUCCCUGGAAGAUGUAAGAAGCAUUGCCAGCCUUGGGGCCGAGAGCGUGGCCUCGGACUACUGCGACAGCCACUCUCUGAGCCAAGGUCAGGACCAGCAUCCAGAGAACCACAGCCAGCAGUCCCAAGAUGGGAUUGUUUUGGAGCGGAUCAAGUCUCUGUCAAUGGACAUGUUUGAUCCCAGUGACUUCACAGGGAGAUUUACUAAAAUCCAGUCCAAGUCAAGGAAGAGGACAAGGAUCAUCAGAGCCUCUCCAGUGGGACUGAAGCCACCCCUCCCUCCAGUCAGCGGAACCUUGGGCGAGAGGAAGGAUCCUGUCGUCAUGGCGCCCGUCAACGUGGACCCUGAGAGCAAGCCGGGUGAAUUCGUCCUCAAAAGCCUAUUCGCCAACUUCACCCUUCUUUCCGAACGGAAGAUACGAAUUAUCAUGGCAGAACCACUGGAGAAACCUUUAAACAAAUCCCUACAGAGAGGGGAAGACCUACAGUUUGAUCAGUUGAUCAGCACCAUGAGUUCUCUGGCUGAAUACUGUCUGCCGUCAAUCCUGAGGACUCUGUUUGACUGGUACAAGAGGCAGAACGGCCUGGAGGAUGAGUCUCACGAAUACCGACCUAGGGCCAACACCAAGUCCAAGAAUGAUGAGCAACAAAAGGACUACUUAUUGGAGCGGAGAGAUCUGGCUAUAGACUUCAUCUUUUCCCUUGUUCUCAUAGAAGUUCUAAAGCAGAUCCCCCUCCAUCCUCUCUUGGAUGGACUGAUCCAGGAAGUUAUAAACUUGGCUUUCAAGCACUUCAAAUAUAAGGAAGGGUAUUUGGGACCCAACACAGGGAAUAUGCACAUUGUGGCUGACCUCUAUGCUGAAGUAGUAGGGGUUGUAGCUCAGUCCAGGUUCCCAGCCGUGAGGAAGAAGUUUAUCUCUGAGCUGAAGGAACUGAGGCAGAAGGAGCAGACCCCCUACGUCAUCCAGUCCACCAUCAGCCUCAUCAUGGGAGUCAAGUUCUUCCGCAUUAAAAUGUACCCAGUGGAGGACUUUGAAGCCUCCUUUCAGUUCAUGCAGGAAUGUGCGCAGUAUUUCUUGGAAGUGAAGGAUAAAGACAUUAAGCACUCAUUAGCCGGACUCUUUGUGGAGAUACUUGUUCCUGUGGCUGCUACUGUGAAGAAUGAGGUGAAUGUGCCAUGCCUACGAAACUUUGUGGAGAGUUUAUAUGAUACCACCCUGGACUUGUCCUCCCGCAAGAAACACUCUCUGGCUCUGUAUCCUCUGGUGACCUGCCUGCUGUGUGUCAGUCAGAAGCAGCUCUUCCUCGGCCGCUGGCACGUCUUCCUCAACAACUGCCUCUCCAACCUCAAGAAUAAAGACCCCAAGAUGGCGCGUGUGGCUCUAGAAUCUCUCUACCGCCUGCUCUGGGUCUACAUGAUCCGUAUCAAGUGUGAGAGCAACACUGGAACACAGAGUCGUCUGACGUCCAUCACCUCCACGCUGUUCCCUAAGGGCAGUCGUAGUGUUGUACCCAGAGACAUGCCCCUCAAUAUCUUCGUCAAGAUCAUCCAGUUCAUUGCACAGGAGAGACUGGAUUUUGCAAUGAAGGAGAUCAUAUUUGACCUGCUGAGUGUCGGGAAGCCUGCCAAAGCUUUCAGCCUAAAUCCAGAGCGUAUGAACAUAGGUCUGCGGGCGUUCCUGGUGAUAGCAGAUGCUCUACAGCAGAAGGAUGGGGAGCCUCCCAUGCCAAACACAGGAGCCACCCUGCCUUCUGGAAACUCCCUGAAGAAGAAGAAGACCUACCUCAGCAAAACCCUUACUGAAGAGGAGGCCAAACUCAUAGGCAUGUCGUUAUACUACUCCCAGGUGCGCAAGGCCCUGGACAACAUUCUGAGGCACUUGGACAAGGAGGUGGGACGCUGCAUGAUGCUGACCAAUGUCCAGAUGCUCAACAAAGAACCAGAGGACAUGAUCACUGGUGAGAGGAAGCCUAAAAUCGACCUGUUCAGGACAUGUGUGGCAGCCAUUCCUCGUAUCCUCCCUGACGGCAUGUCCAAGCCCGAGCUUAUAGACCUGCUCUCACGACUGACAGUCCACAUGGACGAUGAGCUCCGCCUCAUUUCCCAGAACUCCCUGCAGAGCCUGUUAUUGGAUUUCUCAGACUGGAGGGAAGAUGUCCUGUUCGGUUACACACACUUCCUUUUGCGAGAGGUACAGGACACCCAUCAGGGUCUGCAGGAUGCGUCUGUCAAACUGUUGCUGCAGCUCCUCACCCAGUGGAGGUUAGCCCUGCAGCUGCAGGGGAAGAUGCGAGGUGGCUCAGAGGCCAGUCCCAGACUGCCGGAUCGGAGCCCUCACUGCUCAGUUCUCCAUGCUGUUGAAGGCCUGGCUCUACUGCUGCUCUGUUCCUGUCAGAUCAGCACCAGGAAGCUGGCAGUCGGUGUGCUGAGAGAAAUACGCUGCCUCUUCACUGCACUGGGACAUGCUGAUGACGAUGACAAACCUAUGAUAGAGAUCAUGGAUCAGCUGAGCCCAGCUGUGAUGGACAGCUUUGUUCAUGUGGCUGUAUCCGACUCGGCCACUCUGCCAAUGAGUCACCACAUUGACCUCCAGUGGCUGGUGGAGUGGACAGCUCGGCUCGUGAGCAGUGCCUACGAUGUGAAGAGCCCCAGCCACGUCUGGAUCUUUGCCCAGUGUGUAAAAGACCCCUGGGUGCUGUGUCUGCACAGCUUCCUGCGCCAGGAGCACCUGCCCAAGCACUGCCCCAUCGCGCUGGGCUACGCCUGGCCCUACGCUUUCACCCGACUACAGCUGCUGCUGCCCCUGGUUGACCCCAACAGCCCAGUGAAUGCUAAGAAGACCAGCACAGCGGGCUCCAGCGACAGCUAUAUCCCUCUGUGGCGUAACUAUCUGAUCCUGUGUCUGGGUGUGGCCAAACCCAGCAUCAUGUCUCCCGGUCAUCUCAGAGCCUCCACGCCAGAGAUCACCGCAACCACGCCCGAUGGCAGCGUCACCUAUGACAACAAGGUUAUUGGCACUCCUUCAGUUGCCUGGCUUUUAAAACAGCUGGUCCCACUAAUGAGAGCUGAGAGUUUAGAGAUCACUGAGUCUCUGGUUCUAGGUUUUGGACGUACAAAUGCCCUUGUCUUCAGGGAGCUAGUGGAGGAACUGCAUCCAUUGAUGAAGGAAGCACUGGAACGCAGGCCUGAGAAUAAGAAACGACGUGAGAGGAGGGAUCUGCUCCGACUACAGCUGCUCAGGAUCUUUGAGCUGUUGGCUGAUGCAGGAGUCAUCAGUGACAGCACCAAUGGAGCACUGGAACGGGACUCCCUUGCGUUGGGAGCCUUGUUCCUAGAGUAUGUGGACCUGACCCGGAUGCUUCUGGAGGCUGAGAACGAGAAGGAGCUGGACGUGCUGAGAGACAUCAGGGCCCACUUCAGUGGCAUGGUGGCCAACCUCAUCCAGUGUGUGCCUGUCCACCACAGGCGCUUCCUGUUUCCUCAGCAGUCUUUGAGGCACCAUCUCUUCAUCCUGUUUAGCCAAUGGGCUGGACCAUUCAGUGUCAUGUUCACACCCCUUGAUCGCUAUAGUGAUCGCAACCACCAGAUCACUCGGUACCAGUACUGUGCUCUCAAGGCUAUGUCAGCAGUGCUGUGUUGUGGUCCAGUGUUUGACAAUGUGGGUCUGUCUACUGAUGGCUAUCUCUACAAGUGGCUGGACAACAUUCUGGCAUGUCAUGACCUGCGGGUGCACCGUUUGGGCUGUGAGGUUGUGAUCCUGCUGUUGGAGCUGAACCCAGACCAGGUCAACCUGUUCAACUGGGCCGUGGAUCGCUGCUUCACUGGGUCUUACCAGCUGGCCUCUGGCUGCUUCAAGGCCAUUGCCACUGUCUGUGGGAACAGGAAUUAUCCAUGUGAUCUAGUUACCCUGCUUAACCUGGUGCUGUUCAAGGCCUCAGACACCAGCAGGGAAAUCUAUGAGAUCUCCAUGCAGUUGAUGCAGGUGCUGGAGUCUAAGCUGUGUGCGUAUUCUAAGCGAAUGGUGGAGCAAAAGCCUGGCAAUAUUCUGUAUGGUACCCAUGGGCCCCUGCCGCCUCUGUACAGCGUCAAUCUGUCUCAGCUCUCCAUCCAGCUGGCCAGCAUGUACCCAGAGCUCACUCUGCCUCUCUUCUCAGAGGUGAGCCAGCGUUUCCCCACUACCCAUCCCAACGGCAGACAGAUCAUGCUGUCCUACCUGCUGCCCUGGCUCAGUAACAUUGAGCUGGUGGACACAGGGCUCCUCCCACCUGCCUCCAGCCCAUGCACCCCAGAGGAAGAGCCUCGCGGUCGGACACACAGCCUGGGGCUGUCCCCUAGUCUCAGGGGUAACGGCUGGGGUUCACUGCAGGCCACCUCGCUGGUGCUCAACAACCUCAUGUUCAUGACUGCAAAGUAUGGAGAUGAGGUCCCUGGCCCAGAGAUGGAGAAUGCCUGGAACGCUUUGGUGUCCAAUGAAAGGUGGAGCAACAACUUGAGGAUUGCCCUGCAAUUCCUUAUCAGUCUUUGUGGAGUCAGCAGCGAUACCACACUGUUGCCCUAUAUCAAGAAGGUCGUGAUCUACCUUUGUCGCAACAACACCAUCCAGACCAUGGAGGAGCUUCUGUUUGAGCUGCAGCAGACUGACCCAGUCAAUCCUGUCGUGCUGCACUGUGACAACCCUCCCUUCUACCGCUUUGCUGCCAGCAACAAGUCCUCCGCCUCACACACAGGAACCACAUCUAGCAGUAACACCGUAGUGGCUGGACAGGAGAACUUCACAGAUACAGAUGAGACCAAGCUGGCAAGAGAGAACGAGGAGAGGGCCAAGGCUCACAACAGACUGGAGUCUCGCUACAGCAACAGCUCAGGAGGCUCCUACGAGGAUGAAAAGACAGACCCACUGCCGCCAUAUGCUGGUUGGCUACUGGGUGUCCUGGAGACCAACCAUCCUCAGCCGUUACCCAUGCCUGUUAAUGGAGGCUGCUGGGCACCUCUAGUUGACUACCUACCGGAGACCAUUACACCUCGAGGACCACUGCAUAGGUGUAACAUUGCAGUGAUCUUCAUGACUGAAAUGGUGGUGGAUCACAGCGUGAGAGAGGACUGGGCUUUACACCUGCCCCUGCUGCUCCAUGCCCUCUUCUUGGGUUUGGAUCACUACAGGCCAGAGGUCUUUGAACACAGCAAGCGCCUCCUGCUGCACCUCCUCAUUGCCCUCUCCUGCAACAACAACUUCCAGGUAAUAGCCUCAGUGCUGAUGCUGACCAGAGAGAUAAGCGACAACAAGACUCUGACCGUGAAGUCCAGCUACCACGCAGAGUACCAGCAAUCACAUACACCUGACUUCCUGCGCGAGUGGCAGGCAUCUCCGGUGGUGGAUUCUGGCCUCAGCUCCACCUCCAACUCCUCAUCUGCUAGUCUGGGAGGUGGCAGCAGCACUGCAGGCAGCGUGGGAAAUUUACCCCUGGUAACCCCUGACGACCUGGAGGAUCUUGAUGACACACCCAAUGAGACAGAUGAGAAGACAAACAAACUCAUCGAGUUCCUUGCCACAAGUGCCUGGAGUACUGUGUUAUCGUUGCUCAGAGCAUUCGGCCCGCUGUGGGCGCAUGAGGACAUCACGCCAAAGAACCCCAACUCCAAGAGCACAGAGCAGCUCACCAACUUCCUGCGCCACAUCGUCUCCGUCUUCAAGGAGUCCAAGUCAGACUUCCACCUGGAGCAGCAGCUGAGCGAUGUGGCCUUACAGACGGCUCUGUGCAGCUCCUCACGUCACUACGCCGGGCGCUCUUUCCAGAUCUUCAGAGCCCUCAAACAGCCAAUCAAUGCCCACGCUGUCUCCGACCUGCUGUCACGCCUCGUUGAGGUGGUGGGGGAACACGGGGAUGAGGUGCAGGGCUAUGUGAUGGAGGUGCUGUUGACGCUAGAGUCCGUGGUGGUGAAUCUAGCAGAAUGUCUGAAAAACAGUGAUCUUAUGGCAGCUCUUACCAGGACGUCCUCUCCAGACUUCUUGACCAGUGAUAAGCUGAUGAACAGGAAGAGCACAGGUCAGCUGAACUUCCCUGGACCGGGAUUUGUCGGUCUCUCGUCACAGCGCCACCAACGCUCUUACUCAGUCCCAAAGAAGUUUGGCGAGUGUGGUAACCAGUCCAGUGAUCCACCUCGCAGUGCUACUCUGGACCGUAUACAGGCCUGCACCAAUCAUGGCCUUGCUAGAUCAGGAAGAAGUGCUGGCUCCUGCACAUCAUCAACCAAUCGCAUCGACCCCAGCGUACUGUCUGAUCCGGCCCACGUUUCCCAUCCCUCAUCAAUACUGGCCACAGUCUUUUGGGUGGCAGUGUCACUCAUGGAGUCAGACUUUGAGUUUGAAUAUCAGAUGUCACUUCGCCUGGUUCACAAGCUCCUGUCAAAGGUGCCCCUGGACAGAGCAGAGAACCGCGAGCGCCUUGAGAAGCUGCAGGCUCAGCUGAGAUGGAGCGGCUUCUCUGGUCUCCAGCAGCUUCUUUUGAAGGGCUUCACCUCCCAGGCCACCUCCGACCUAACACUGCAGCUCUUCUGCCAGCUCACACCAGUUUCCCGUGUUCCUGUUGUCGACACCUCACAGGCUUUAGGUUUCCCUUUGAAUGUGCUGUGUCUACUGCCUCACCUAGUGCAGCACUUUGGCCACCCAACUCAGUUCUGUAAGGAAAGCGCUGAGAGGAUCGCACAGGUGUGUUUGGAAGAGAAGAACACAAAGCUGUCACAUUUGGCCCAUGUGAUGACUCUGUAUAAGACUCGCUCAUACACACGUGACCCCUUCUCCUGGGUCAGCGUGGUGUGCCGCUACCUCCAUGAAGCCUUUUCCGACAUCACACUCAACAUAGUCACCUACAUGGCUGAGCUGCUGGAUAAGGGCCUGCCGAGUAUGCAGCAAUCUCUGCUCCAGAUCAUCUACUGUCUCCUCAGCCACAUGGACCUGACUGCGGUGCAGGUCAAACAGUUCAAUGGCGAUGUCUUGAAGACCAUUGAAAAAUUUGUCCAGACGGUGCACUGGAAGGAUGCCCUUAACAUCUUGAAGCUGGUAGUGUCACGCUCCGCCAGCCUCGUUCACCCGGUGUACAGCCACGCUCAGGGUGACCUGUCCAACCUGGAGGUCAGCAGGGUUUGGGACGGUUCUGCCAAAGCCCUGCCUGGGAAAACACUGGACUUUACUUUUGACAUCUCUCAGACUCCAGUGAUUGGGCGUCGGUUUGAUGAGCUGCAAGGUUCAGGGGGGAGAGAAGGGAAAGCCAGAGCCAUGGCUGUGACCCGCAGCACUUCUUCCACCUCCUCUGGAUCCAACUCCAACACCGUCUUGGUGCCUGUGAGCUGGAGGCGACCGCAGUCAUCUCAGAAGAGAACGAGAGAGAAGCUGGUGAACGUUCUGUCUCUGUGUGGACAGGAAGUUGGACUCACCAAGAACCCAUCUGUGAUCUUCUCAUCAUGUGGCGACCUGGACAUGAUGGAGGUGCGGGAGAGCGGUGUUUCAUCAGAAGAGGGCGGGACCAGAGAAGACACUCUGGAUGACACAGCCAGUGAGCAGCAGUUCAGAGUUUUCCGAGACUUUGACUUCCUGGAUGUAGAGCUGGAGGACGGAGAGGAGCUCCAGGGUGAGAGCGUGGAUAACUUUAAUUGGGGUGUGCGGCGGCGAUCUCUGGACAGCACAGAGCUGGGCGACCUGCUGGAGGAAAGCCAGCACUCGGGCAGCACGCCCAGUCUGGGUCACGAGGACCCGCAUGAUUCAGACGAGUCCUCAGAGGAAGAGGAGUCUUCAACCAGCCAGAGCCUCUCACACUCUCAGCUUACUAACCCCUCUCCAUCGGAAGAGACCAAUCACACUGACUCCCUGUCUACAUCUUACGACACAUCUGCUGACCCACAAUCCCUCAACGCCACCACGCCGGGCCAUGGAAUAAUACAAGAUGAGCAAGGGGGCCUGCAUGGCGGGGUUUGUGGUGAGGAUGAGGACACCCAAGCUCAGGAUGAUGAGCUGUCACUGAGUGCCAACGAGCUCCCUCACGGCUCAGACUGUGGUGAGAGCUUCACCCUGGAGCUGCCUGGCCAGCCUCAGGAUCAACGGCCUAAUCCCGAUCCCAGCCUCAACCCAGACUACUGCCAACCACCACUGGGCUUUCUAGACCCCAACUGCCUGCCCAGCUUGCGGGAUGAUGUGGAUGACCUUGAAGACCUGGGCUUCCCUCCUCCCCCCUCUCCAUUUUUCUCUGCCAUCUUGGCAGCUUUCCAACCAACAGUGUGUGACGAUGCUGAGGAGGCGUGGCGUUGUCAUAUCAACCAGCUGGUGACAGACUCAGACGGAUCCUGUGCCGUCUACACUUUCCACGUCUUCUCGUCUCUCUUUCAGAACAUCCAGGGUAAGUUCUGCUCCCUGACGACUGAUGCUGCCACUUACCUCGGAGAGGGCCUGAGGGGCAUCGGAUCAAAGUUCGUCAGGUCCUCUCAGAUGCUCACCACAUGCUCAGAUUGUCCCACAAUUUACAUCGAUGCUGACACGAUCAUGUCUUAUGGUCUCCUUGAGAAGAUGAAGUUCAGCGCACUGGAGCUGCAGGAGUACCUGGACACCUACAACACCAGAGAGGAGGCUGCAGUAUCGUGGCUGAGGAACUGUAAGGACACAUUUCCAAGGUGCCCUGGUGAUGGUGUGGUUACCUGCCAGCCUGGAGACUCAGAGGAGAAGCAAAUGGAGUCUCUUGCCCAACUGGAGCUGUGUCAGAGGCUUUACAAGCUACACUUUCAGCUCCUCCUGCUCUUCCAGUCAUACUGCAAGCUCAUUGGUCAAGUCCACGCAAUCAGCUCUGUGCCUGAGUUGCUGAACAUGUCCCGAGAGCUUACUGAUCUGAAGACCAGCCUGCAAGCUGCGGAGGCGGCUGUUGCCAGCGACCUGGAACACACACACUUGGCCCACACUCACGCUCAUGCCACCCAGGUGGCAGCCAUGGCCGUGCCCAACUUCCCCACCUCUGAGGCAGCUGUGCAGGCCAUCUUGGAGUGCCUUAAGAACCAAGAAUUCACCAAAGCUGUCUGCUACAUCCAGGAGUGCAGGAGGCAAUGGCCCAACGGAGUGUUUGGCGGCAGCUCAGAGAGCGAGGUCCAGACACUGCUCAACGUCUACUUCCGCCACCAGACUCUGGGCCAGACGGGCACCAUCGCUCUGGUGGGCUCCCGCCAGGACCUGAGCCUCAUCUGCUCUAAGCUGCUGGAGCUCAACGGGGAGAUCCGCGAUAUGAUUCGCCGCGCCCAGGGUUACCGGGUAGUCACCACCUACCUCCCCGACUCCAGCGCCUCUGGGACCAGCCUCUGACAGGACCUCAGGAGCCCCCCACCCCCUCCAUCUCCUCCCUUACCUCCCCCACCUCUGCAUUCAAUGACCCUCCCACCUGUAGAGGUAAACCCAGUAUCACUACAUCCCACAAUGCAACUAAACCCACCGACAUCUCAUACCUGGCCCUUACCCCCUCCUGUGUGUCUGCUGCCCAGAAUUCAGGGCAGCAGACAGACCCCAGCCUUCAACCUUACCCAGUACUAGAACCAGAUCCACACCGAGGCCAUGAUCCUAACCUUCCUCUGCUCUCCUCAUCCCCAUCCACCAUAGAUUCUGAUGCUCUUUGGCUCGAGUUUCCUAAACCCCCAGAUCUCUUCUCACCCCAUAGCUGUUCAAAUGUACCAAGCCCACACUUCCCAUUCGAACCAAUCAGAGAUUUUACACUGCCACGCACACAGCAACCAAGGAGUGAUUGCGUUAAUGAAAACACUGAUAUUUAUCACCCUUUCCUAGGGUAUUCGUCACACAGUUCGCCAUUGUUACACACACACUGUAAUAAGCACCCAUUAUCAUCCCUCACACCCAACACACUCCCAACUGUAGCUUCCGAACCCACCCUGCUGUCACACUUGGACACACAUGAUUCCCCCAUUCCCCCAUGGGGUUCCCAUCUUCCUCAUUUCCCACAUUCUCCAUACAAGCACUCCUUUGCACAUUCAAGCCAAUCACCAACCCUGGACCCUGGGCACAACUCAGUCUUAAUCCAGGGUCCCACCCCUUCUUCGUCCCUCCCUCCUCCCCCACCACCUCCUCCCUGUCCCCCUGAUCAAGGAGAGGCUGCAGGAUGGGGUUGUUGCUGCUACCUCGGUGAGGCUACACCCCUAUCUCGCUACCUGGAUAAGGUGGGACACACCGUUCUGCCCCUAUUUAAAGUAGGGGGGCUCCUGAAUAACGAACCUUCAGACGUUCAGACCUGAGAGGCUGAACAUGUACAUUAGCAGAACCCGAGGGCCUACAGACCUGAGACGUCUGUGGAUCCAAACACCUGAUUGCAACUUUUCCUAACUAACCUGCUGAUCCAAAUACAGUUGUAAGAGAAGAUGGCAUCCUAGAGCUACCCGAAGCCUGGAUGAUUGACUUUUUAAGAGCAGUGAGUCAUAUCCCAGAGAUAAAGGGACGUAUGAUUGGACUCACUUUUUACUAGACGCUGUUACCUUCUGAUGAAGAUGACCCGAUGUGAUUCUACUUUAGUACUUUAGUACUUUAGUACUUUAGUGUGUAACAGAUCUGCUCCUAGCUAUGUUCUGCUUGACGGUCAUCGCUCAGCAUCUGAUCUGUUCCACACCUGAGGACCUAUGAAAGCACUUGGCUUCGAUUCAAACUUGCUUCCCAAAUGAACUGAAGGCGAGACUGAACUUGAUUGGCUGUUGCUGCCUCCUGUGGGAAGAACACAGCCAGCCGGCGUUACCACAAGAAAUAGAGUGAGGGAACUCGCCAUGAUAUGAUCUAACAUUGCCGGUGAAGUUUUCGCUAUUGCACUAAAUGGAGUUUUGUUAGUAGAUUAAAAAAAAAGAAGUUCCAUUAGGGAGGGUAUAUUACUGUUUGUUUUGUUACUGUGAGAGAAAAGGCUGUCACUUCCACAGAGAAGGAAAAGCCAAAAGCUGGAAUUACUUUUCUCUCCAUUGUGUGUCUACUGUUUGAAACCUCCUUUGAGGGAAAUUGUGCAAUGCAUGACCCAGUUGAAUGCUUUCUACUGUACUAGCGUCCCUUUCGCACCCUACAACUCUCUGAGUAGGCUACUCCUGACUGACUGAAAGACAGAUUGACUGACAAAGAGCGGAUGCAGAACAUUCAAGCGUAAUUUGUGCUGUCCUUUCGCUCGUUUAUAUACUGAAACGCUUGUGUAUCAGUGAACCAGCUCGUCUGUAGACUACUGUCGUAAACAUUGAUACACUCGAGUCACGCCAUUAUCUGUGCAAGGUGUACACUCUUCUGUGUGGCUAGCUGUAGCAUCAUAUUAGUGAGUGUACAUACUGUAUAUCUGUAACUGUCCUACACUGUAACAUGUUGACCUGAUGUGUUCACAUGCCAAGAGGAUAGUGCAUGUAUACACUCAAAUAUUUAGUCUUUCUCUGUGUAUCAUAUUGAUGAUUAUGGCACACAACGGUCAUGUUACCACUGUACACUGUAGCAUAUGUUAAUGUGUGGUUUGUAGGUACUGAUACACGUAAGGGAAAUGCUGACAUUCAGCACUCAUUGUUGAUGUUCAAAACAAAACUUGUGCUACUACUGUUCUGAAGUCAAACACUUCCUAUUGUCAGCCCCUUUUGUGAUUCCUCUCCAGCGGUAUUUGCCCUUUGCUGUAUAAAUAUCUUUUGCCUAUUUAUAUCUGAUCAACUAUAAAUCAACACUCAUUCAACUUAGUUUUUAUAUUGAUGUUUGUUCUCUCAGUUCAAACAUUUAAACUGCCAUGCAUGCAUCUUCUGUUGUACUGUAUGAAGUGUUUGAAAUAUUUAUUAACAAAAUCAUAUUUUAUCUGAAAGAUACGUUUGUAUGAGGUACAAAAGGGAGCUUUAAGCUCAUGCGGGUAUGUUUCCUUUUUUUGUUUGUUUUUCUAUGUGUGGGAGAAUGUGUGUGCAUGCCAAAUAAGAAAUUGCACAUUUUUAAAGCUUUUUAGAUGAAGACUGUAGCUGUUUUUUCACCUUGUAAAUAGUUUUACAGCCUUAGUGAAGUUGUUUUGAGUUGAUGCUCUGUACAAGUCUGUGUCAAAAGUAAAAGACAUAUCAGAACGACA